CACACAUUACAACACAAUUCAAUUCUUUUUUCUUUUUUUUUGAGAUUCCCAAACCUAUCUCUCACUUUCUCUCUCUACACCCUAACCCUACAUCAUUUGAUCAGCAGCAACUACAAGCAGCAGUGGCCUGCAGCGGCGGUGAGCGACUGUGGUAUUCACCUUCCCAAAAAAAAGAGCGACCGAGAUCUUAAUCUUCUCAUUGAUUUGGGGUUUUAUUAGGCAGAAGUAGGAUAGGGAUUCUGCUCAAAACUGAAGUUUUAAAAAAUCUAAUAUGCAAGGCUUGCUACUGCAGAUGACAACACAAAAGAUGAAGAAUGGGAAGGAGUUUCUUCUUACAGAUACUGUUGGAUUUAUUCAAAAGUUGCCAACUACACUGGUUGCUGCCUUUAGGGCAACCUUGGAGGAAAUUUCUGAGUCAUCCCUUCUGGUGCACGUGGUGGAUAUUAGCCAUCCACUAGCAGAGCAACAGAUUGAUGCUGUGGACAAGGUUCUAAGUGAACUGGAUGUGGCAUCAAUUCCAAAGUUGAUGGUGUGGAACAAGAUUGAUAAAGCCAGUGAUCCUCUGAAAAUCAAAUUGGAAGCAGAGAAAAGACAAGACACAAUAUGCAUCUCUGCCAUAAAUGGUGAUGGAUUAGAUGAAUUCUGCAGUGCAGUUCAGGAAAAACUUAAGGAAAUUGAUGCAGGAUUCAUUCCAAUGAUUGGCAAAACUGUAUUUGCAAUGCACAUGUAUUGCUUUUGGUUUCAAUGUGGAGAAAGUGCAGUAUAAGAGAAAUUAAGGCCACUAUGGAGGCAUUACUUCAGUAACACCGAUGGCCUGGUAACAAUAAGUUUUUCUAGUCAAUAUUGCUGAUAUCUUCUCUAGUUAUCAAUUUUUUUACGUUAUUAAAUCGCUGUCCCUACUUUAUGAACUGUCUACAUGCUUUAGCCGGAUUUAUGCCUUUUAAUAUUUGAUUUGUGGUGGUGGCUUUUUCUCAAUGGCUAGGUGGUAUAACAUUAACUUGUGCUUAUCUUGUGAUGGGUUCUCAUGGCAAAAAAGUUAGAUACGAAGGCAAGGUUGAUGUGACUUUGCAAGAUGGCCAAACAUUUACUGGUACUGUGAUAUAUGCUAAUUUACAUACUGAUAUUGCUAUUGUGAAGAUCAAUUUUAGAACUCCUUUCCCAGCAGCAAAACAUGUAUCUUCACAUGGCCAUGGGUUGUCCCCUAGGUUUUGUGCUUCAAGUUUUUUCAUUUUUUUAAUAUACGUGAUCACAGUUAAAUUUUUUUUUAUU